AAACACAGCUGCAACUGGUGCUUCCCUGAAGUAUUCCUGUAUUUAGAUCUCUGUAUCUGCUUCUCUUCCUGCAAGGAAAAUAUUCCAGCCUUUGAGCAUCGCUUUGGCAGCAAAAGCAGUUUUCUGGUACAGUAGAAAACACAGGAAAUUGAACUUUUCAUUCAGAGCUCUCCUAAAAUCCAACCCUGGACAGAAAAAAUACAGUAAUGAAAGCUAAAUUACCAUGCUGUGAACUUGGAUUUAAGUUUUCAAACUGAAAUUAAUGUCCCAGCUCAGUGUGAGGGCAAAAAAAAUUAGAUCAGCCAGUAAUAACUUCCUAAAGAAUAUCAAUACAGCUGAGUGACAGCUCACCAACCUUGUGACCUGGGAAUGGCCUCUCCAGGCAAAUUCCUGCCAUGCCCUGAGGAAGAUUUGGUUAUUUCCAUGAUGAGGUGACCUCAAAUUUAAAAAAUAAAUAGAUAAAAAUUACUGUUGUGUAAGUCUUUUACCAGAAUUAGAGUGGGGCACCUGGGUUUUAUCACCUCUCCCCAGAGGACCCCAAAUUUCCACAGCUAUGACAAUGAUUUGUAAAUCACUCUGAGUAAAGGGUACUCACUAAGUAAAGGAAAUCAGGAUGAGAGCAGUGGUUUGCACCUAAGUGCCCUCAGAGGGUAUUUGAUUAUUGCCCACUAAAUUUAAUUUAAUGCAUUUUGCUAAACAAAUUCCCCCCCAUGACUUCAAUCCCUCCGAGCUCUAUUUAAAGAGACUUCCCAGGAACAGCUGAGCCUGGAUUCUCUGCUCCCCUUCCUUUUCCCAGAUCCCUUUUCUCCCAAAAUGAAGCUCCCUGGGCUUUGGCUGUGCCUGAGCUUUGGCUCUGCUGCCUCCCUCAGCCCCUCGUGUCUGUCAGCUCAGUUCAGGAGGCCGGGGGAUUUUAUCCUGGGGGGUUUGUUCCCCUUUGGGAAGGACACAGUGAACCUGACGGCUCGCUCAGAGCCCACCCUGCCGCGCUGUGAGAGGUUAUUCAUGGACGGGCUGAUCUGGGCUCUCGGGAUGAGGUUCGCCAUUGACCAGAUCAACAAUUCCAGCUCCCUCCUGCCAGGAAUAAAGCUGGGAUACGACAUGUAUGACACCUGCUUUGAGCCCCUGGUGGCCCUGCAGCCCAGCCUGCUGUUCCUGACCCGGAACGGCACCACAGGGAUCGGGAUUCUCUGCAACUACACCGAGUACCAGCCCCGCAUCACUGCCAUCAUUGGGCCCCACAAGUCAGAUCUCUGCCUGCUCACAGCCAAGCUCUUCAGCUCCUUCUUGAUCCCGCAGGUGAGCUACGGAGCCAGCAGCGAGACCCUGAGCAACACGGAGCUGUACCCGUCCUUCUACCGCACUGUCCCCAGCGACAAGAACCUGGUGGAAGCCGUGGUGAGGCUGCUCAACCAGUUUGGCUGGAACUGGAUCGCCACGGUGGGCAGCGACGAUGAGUACGGCCGGGGCGCCCAGGCUCUCUUCCUGAGCAUGGCUGGCAAUGACAACAUCUGCAUUGCCUUCGAGGGGUUCAUCCCCACAGACCUGGCUGAGCCCAACGCCAGAAAGCAGCUGGAAGACACUGUUAAAUUAAUUAACAGCACCAAAGUCAACGUGGUCGUGCUGUUUGCCUACAGCCUGCCUGCCCAGGCCCUGCUGGAACACAGCAUCAGGAUGGGGCUGGGCAAGAAGGUCUGGAUUGGCACCGAGGCCUGGAUGCUGUCGGACGUCGCCGCCUACACGCCCAACAUCCAGAGCAUCGGGACAGUGCUGGGCUUUGUCUCGAGAACAGGGACAGUCCCUGGCUUCCAGGAGUACGUGGCUGAGCUCUUCAGCUCUGUUGAGCAAGAGAAAUUCUGCCAGCAGUCCCGGGAGCUGAGCCGCCUCAUGAACACUGAGGUGCUGGACACACACUGCCAGCAGUGUGACCACGUCACCCUUGGGGACAUCUGGCCCCUGCUCAGGGUGACCAUGGUGCAGCCGGUGCACGUGGCCGUGUACAGCGUGGCCCACGCCCUGCACAGAGCCCUGGGCUGCACCUCUGAAGGCUGUCCCAAAACACCUAUCAGGUCCUGGCAGGUGAGGAAAGAUGUGAGGGCCAAAUGGCAGGUUUUUGUCACAUCACAGACAGACUGUCACAAUCUUAGCCCACCAAAGGGACAACUGAUUGCAGCUGGCAGAAUUACCAUCCUCCAAACGAGAACAACCGUACCAAAAUCCAUUUUGAUUUCAUUUCCUCCCCAGCUGCUGCACUUCAUGAACACCCUCCCGUUCGAGGUGAAUGGCCAGAGCUUCAGGUUUGAUCAAUCCCAUGGCACAAACACCGGGUAUAAACUCAUCUUCUGGGCCUGGAGGGAUGGCACCCUGACCUACCUGCCCGUGGGGGACUAUGACCAGUCCCUGUACAUCCAGAAGUCCCAGAUCCAGUUCCACACUGCAGAUAAGAAGGUAACAAUGGCACAAUUUCUUCUUAUUUGUUUGAGAUUACGAUUCUCCUGGAGGUGCCUGGCUGAUGUUCAUUCCUGCCUUUGCCAGGAGCCCACAUCCGAGUGCUUCAGACGCUGCCAACCAGGACAAUUCAGAAGAAUAAAAGGAUUCAAUCUCUGCUGCUAUGACUGUACAGACUGUUCAGAAAACACCUUCUGGAGCAGUACAGACAGCACCAGCUGCUCCCCAUGCCCGCAGCACCAGUGGGCCCCGGCCCGCAGCACACGGUGCCACGAGCGCACCGAGAGGUUCCUCUUCUGGGACGAGCCCAUGGCCGUGGCCUUGAUGACACUGAUGGCCCUGACGGUGGCCCUGAGCUGCUUGUCAGCGCUGCUGUUCCUGAAGCACCUGCAGACCCCCCUGGUGCAGGUGGCAGGGGGUGGCAGGACCCUCUUUGCCCUGCUCUGGCUGCUGCUGCAGAGCCUCAGCUGCUGCCUGUACGUGGGCAGGCCCAGCGCCAGGCUGUGCGCGGUGCAGCAGCUCUCCUACGCCCUGUGCCUCAACGGCUGCUUCUCCACCUUCGUCCCCAAGGCCCUGGAGAUCAGCCUGCUGACGGAAUUCCCCCGCUGCGCUCCCAGGCUGCUGCGCUGGGUGACCCACGGCAGGGCCUGGCUGCUGGUGGCCACGUCCCUCCUCACCCAGGCGCUGCUCUGCUUCUGCCACCUCCGCCUGGGCCCCGAUUACUUGGUGGCCGACUACAAAUCCCUGCCCAGCGAGGUGGUGCUGGUGUGUGGCACCCAGUCCUGGGCUGCCUUUGCCCUUCUGCACGGCUACAACAGCUGCCUGGCCUUCGCCUGCUUCCUGUGCACCUUCAUGGUGCAAACCCCGGCCAGGAGGUACAACGUGGCCAGGGGCAUCACCUUUGCCACCCUCAUUUAUUUCAUCAUCUGGAUCUUCUUUGUGGUGGUUUUUGCCACGCUGAGGACAGUCCUCAGGGCUGUCACACAGAUUUGCACCAUCCAGGCCACCACCCUGGGGAUCUUGGCCAGCUACUUCGUGCCCAAAUGCUACAUCAUGGUGUUCAGGCCUGAUCUGAACACGGGGGAUUAUUGCCAGAACCCCGCUGAGGAGCAGCCAGAGGAGGAUUCGGUGAACAGACAAUAAACCACACCCUCUGUCACCUGUCAUCAGCAGAAGCUGCAUUUUAAGGAGAAAAUCAUGUUUACAAGCACUGUAUGGCCCCAGGCACAAUCAUACAUGAACUAGAGCUCUGAAAGCAUAGGGCUCAGCAGCUGAACUCCAGAGGAGCAGCCUCCAUCCUCUCUGGAAACACCUUUCAGCCCCAAAAAGGAGCCAAAAUUAGGUUCAAGUAAUGAAACAACCUACAGAAAUGGUAUUUUACAUCAAUCUCUCAAGUCUGGCAAUGUGAGCCUCACCAACACCACUUCCCUGUAAACGCUUCUGGUAAUUUGCCUUUCUUAUUAAUUAACAGCUCCAGAGAUACAUCCAGGAAUACUUUCCCAAGCCUUGUAAGAAUUUUCAAAUAUAUCCAAUAAAAGAGAAGUAAAAAGAACAUUCUGACAGGUAACAGCAGUUGUGUGUGUGAUACAAAGGGGGCAUUACCCAUUCAAAUCCCAGCUCAUUCCAUUUGUUUUCCAUGGAAAUCAGAGAAAGACACAUGGAAAUGAGCUCUGUGCAAAUCACACUCUCCAAAGGCACAGCAGGAGGUUCCUCCAUCCCAAAAAACCAGGCAAAGAUCACCAAAAAACUUCACAUUGUUUCCAGCAGUACCAAGUCAAUAUCCAGUCAUAUCACCAAGAUUUUUCUUUUCCCCACUCAUGUUGACAAGUAACUAUUCUGCUCUUUUAUUCCUUAAAAGUUUUUCCAUUUCUGCUCUUUUCUUCCCUAGAUUAAAUUUUUUCCAUCUCUCCACUGUGUGUUACUGGAAUUUAAUCAGUCCAGCUCAAUUAAAGAAUUUGCAAAUUAAUCUAAACCAGUGAGUAUUUUCAUUCUUAAAAAAAAAAUAAAGAAAAUAAAGAACUUCUUGAUGCACUGCUGUAACUGGUCCCCAAUUUUUGUGAUCACCUCCAUCCAAAAUUAUUCCUCAGUGUGAU